GUCCCCUUGACGUGGAGUAGUUCCGUAAAAAGAGGAUGGAGGAGUAGCGUGUUGUUGUAUGCUAUCCUAGUAAUUCUUAUAUCCAAAAGGGAUUUAGCAUCCACUCCCGGGCGAGGAUUGGGUUCACGGGGGUUGACGGACAACAGUCUUUCGUAGACUGACCCCUUUCUGUUCCCCCGUCUCACUCCACCACCAGCGUCAUGAUUAAAGCCAUUCUAAUAUUCAACAACCAUGGGAAACCAAGGCUUUCUAAAUUCUACGAGCAUUAUAGCGAAGACACGGAGCAGCAGAUCAUUAGGGAAACCUUCCAUCUGGUGUCCAAACGAGACGAGAACGUCUGUAACUUCCUGGAAGGAGGCAUGUUGAUUGGCGGGUCUGAAAACAAACUUAUCUACAGACACUACGCCACACUUUACUUUGUGUUUUGUGUGGACUCCUCGGAGAGUGAACUUGGAAUUUUAGACCUAAUCCAGGUGUUUGUGGAAACUCUGGACAAAUGCUUUGAGAACGUCUGUGAGCUGGAUUUAAUUUUCCAUGUAGACAAGGUCCACAACAUUCUGGCAGAGAUGGUGAUGGGUGGCAUGGUUCUGGAGACCAACAUGAACGAGAUCAUCAUGCAGGUGGACGCCCAGAACAAGAUGGAGAAAUCGGAGUUCUUUCCAUUCUUUUCUCUCUUUGCAGACGUUUAUCUUUCAGUCUACCAGGCAGGACAGGUAGACACAGCCUUGGAUACCCUCUCCAUCCAGUGACCUGGCCAGUUACGGGGUAACGUAACCAAAGGUAUCUAAGCAACCUAACACGUGGGAAAUAUCCACCAGGACGACAAGUUCUGGCUCAGCAUUCCACCAAAUCUACGUUGCACUACUCUCUCUGUCUUGCAUUACUCCUGCAGGCAGCAGAUGUAGCACACAGACAUGAAUAGAUCAGCAUGCAUAAAGACAUUAAGGGUUUGUGUAUUUCCGAGUAGGUCACCUGGUUGAAAGACCAUUUUCUAAGGAUAAAGUGACAUUUGUGGGUCUGCUGACUAAAGAUUAGACUAGUCUGGGAUCUCUAACUGCAGUGAUUCUCAAAUGUUCUGAACACAUUUUGCCAAAAUAUAAAAAAAACUGUUUAAACAGUUGUUUGUAAAAAUACCAUUAGCUGUAUUUGCUGUACUCUGGAAAAAAUUGCUUUGAGAUUCACUGUCUUGGAGAGUUGAAAAUAGAUCCCUUAGUCUUUUCCCUUGUUAGGCUUACAAUGUUCUCAUGCCAAGUUAACACCAUGCACUAAAGUGUUCCUUAAUUAUAUUUUUUAUAACAAUAUCCUAACCUGUUUUACAUUUUAGAAAUGGCGUCCGAGACGCCAACUAAAGCAGCCAUAAAAAGCAAUUCCACUGUAUCUAUAUAUAUAUAUAUAUAUUCCUUUUUUAAGUUCCCUUUGAAGUAAACCAUUUAACCUCACUAUGACAUUACAUCGCAUUUGUGAAGCACAUUAACCUGUAAAAUAACCUCCAUAACAUCCAUUAUUAUGUUCACACUUGUUAAACACAUCUCUAUGCAUAUCUAUCUAAAAGCCUCAUUUUCAUUUCUUCAUAUCCAAUUUCAUUUAUUCCCUGUACUGCUUUACCAAAAUUCUCUUUGCAUUUUGUACCCUCACCGGUCUUCUACAGCCUGAGGGGCCACAAGUUGCGAGCAAUGCUGCCCAUGCUUAUUGAUACAUGUCAAAUACAGCUGAGUGAUCCAAACCCAAACGAAUGACCUACUUAUCUUCUCUCACAGUCGACUUCAUAGUGGUUUUCCGGUUCGUGAUGUAAACCAUCCAAGAACCGUAUAGUGCAUGUGCAUAUGAGGCUACGUACGACAUCUGAAUGUACAUUUUGCACAUGUUUGUUUUUUGUUUUUUUUACUUGUCAGUGCUUUUUGCAUUUUGUCUGUUGUUUAUCGUUGUUAGUAUUAUAUGUUGAGUAUUGCAUCAUGUGUGUGUGUGUGUGAGUGUGUGAGUGUGUGAGUGUGUGAGUGUGUGAGUGUGUGAGUGAGUGAGUGAGUGAGUGAGUGAGUGAGUGAGUGAGUGAGUGAGUGAGUGAGUGAGUGAGUGAGUGAGUGAGUGAGUGAGUGAGUGAGUGUGUGUGUGUGUGUGUGUGUGUGUGUGUGUUUGGAUUGUCAUGUGUUAACAGUGUUGUGGAGUCGUGCACAUCAUGUCUGAUUCCGAGGUGUUUCUUAGUGAUCCUGCCUGUCUCUUUUCUCCGUGUGA